AUGGCUGCAACAGACGGUAGAGACUAUAUGGAUCAUCACAAGUGGGAUAAUGUCCGGACGCUACCAACGUGGGUUCAGCGGCGGGAGGAAGACGAAGAUGACUUGAUUUCUCCUCCACCAAUGGCUCACCGGAGACCCCCAGAGCGAUCAGCGCAUGAUGCUCAGCGAGAAGCAACCCCCGUCACGAUUUCGCCAUUGCGAGAGCAUGCCAGCCGAUGGCGGGGGUUUGUGGAAGUCACUUCUUACCCGCCGCAGUCAUCCCAGUCCGAAAAACGAGUUGAUGAUGGAUGGCUGUCUCAACAAGGCGAUCUCAGUAGCCCAUGGCUUUCAAAUAAUAGAGAUAUGGAGAACCAAGGCGAUGGGGUCGGAGAGGAAAAUGAUGGUGCGUUGUUUGUCGGUUCGAAGACCAGGAAGAUAUGGUACAAGAGGGCACAUGUUACGCUGCUAAAUAACCCCAUGGUCCCUUUGACCUUUAGGGCUUUGAUUUGGGUACUUUCGCUUCUGGCCCUAGCCUUCGCAUGCAGUGUGUUUCAAUUGAGCAACAAGUACAAUUUCGAACAAAAGCCAUCUACAAUUAUGGCUAUUAUUGUGGAUGUGGUCGCUUUGAUAUACUUGAUUUACAUUACAUAUGACGAGUAUUCUGGCAAACCGCUCGGUUUGCGGUCUCCUAAAGCGAAGAUGCGAUUGAUAAUGCUUGACCUAUUGUUCAUCAUUUUUGACUCGGCCAACUUAUCUUUGGCUUUUGACACACUCUUCGAUGUUCGAUGGAGUUGUCGAAGCGCUGAUUUUAAAGAUGACCUCAAUAGCUCCAGAACCGUGGAUUCUAUAUGCGAUAGGCAACGUGCUCUUGCAGCGUUUCUAUUCCUUGCACUAUGUGCUUGGGUGUCAACAUUCACAGUUAGUGUGUUCAGACUUGUGGAGAGAGUCUCUUCGGGGGCCCGUUCAUAAUAAUCAACCCCCCUAACCGGGCUUUCACAAGGGAGUCAAAAAAUCCAUAACUUCCAAUUUUCCCUUUAUAAUUCUCUGCCAAAGAUAAUUUUGUAGUCAUUGUAUAUCUCUCUUUGUCACAUGGCAUAGGUCUAUCGGUAUUUCCCUUAACUGUCUGUUUCUCUUUCUUUUUCUUUUUCUCGGAAGUGGGAGAAAAUGCAUGGGUAGGUGGGCACGGCGUUCCUUUGCUCUUUACUUUUGUACUUGUACUUCUGGUUUGGUUCCUUAUUUGCUAUUACUCUGUCGGGUUAUCUGUGUCCUUUCCUAUGUCAGCACACCUAUUAUCACACUCUCUGUUUUUCUUUUUCUUUUUUCCCUUUCCCUCUUGUUGAUGCAGGUGUUCAUGCUAGUUAUCAUCUUGCAUUAUAUAAUUAUUCUGCUGCUGCUAAUCAACUCUUGGGUGUGGGCGCAGAGGCUAAGUAGCUUCAUAGGUCGGUAUCUUGUUAGCUUGUCUUGUAUUUGAGUUCGUUUUGGGAGAAUGGGAAAGAAUACAUUUGGAGGGAUUUUGCUUUGA